AUGCUGUCAUCAAAAUGUUUACUGCUUGCUUUGGCAGUACUAUGUCUUGGAUUCACGAUACUGGAAGCGGCUCCGUGCUAUAGUUGUGGCGGCUAUGGAGGCUAUGGUGGCUAUGGUGGCUACGGAGGCUAUGGCGGGGGAUACGGUGGGUAUGGCGGCUAUGGCGGAGGAUAUGGUGGCUACGGAUACGGAGGUUAUGGUGGAGGAUACGGUAAGUUACGGUGGUAAUUUAGGCAAUAUAAAGUAUUUAAGAUUUGUUUUUAUUAACUUUAAGAACCACUACGAUAGCUGUACUGCAUUUUCCGGCCAAAAAAUUUUAAAUUUUCAUUUUCCCGCCAAAAUUGGCAUUAGCUUGGCAUUGUGUUUUAUGCCAUAAAAAUGCAUCUUACAGUGCUUAUAUUGCUUCUGAACGUCUAUUUCUAAUUUUCCUUACCAUUAAACAGAAGAAAAUUUGAAUUCCCCACUUCCCGCCAAACUUGGCAUUCUGUUUUAACACCAAAAAUUCAAGCUUUUCGGCCUCAAAAAUUAAGCUAAUUAUGGUUUGGAAUAUUAUCAUAAAAAUAACUUUUUUCAGGCUACCGACCUUGGCAUCAUCAUCACCACCAUCAUCAUGGCUGGGGCUAUGGCGGCGGAUACGGUGGCUAUGGUGGCUACGGCGGUUAUGGAUAUGGAAAAUAA